GAGUAGCCCAGUAAAACGAACGUUCUAAAAUGAACGCGACCGGCUGCACUGCACGCCAAGCGACUAGCUACUCUAGCUAGGCGCUAAGUAAGCGCGCAAUGCAGCCGGUCGCGUUCAUUCAUCUGAAAACACCGUACCGUCUCUCAACUUUUUAAUGUCAACUCCUUAAAGAGAGGACUUACCGCUGCGAAAACAUCGAGCCUAGCCCUCGGUUAAAAUAGUCGUUAUUUUCAUUUCACAAUGAGAUUGCGCCUGAGCUCAUCUCAGAUUGUAUUUGAUUGAUGUUGAAACCUAGAUAACUGUUGAAAUAGAGAAAAGCUCAUAGAGGAAAAUAGGUAAUGAAAUCAUUCAACCAAAGCAAAGAGAAUGUCUAGAUAAUAAAAAUGCUUAUGUAGUCUAUGACACUUUGUCUAUGUUUAACACGGAAAGAACACGGCGAAGCGUUUUUGGACAAAAAUCUAACGUUUUUGGUUGCUUUGCUUGUUCAAAUUGGACAAAUUGACGAAGAUUUAAACCUUGGACCUCGUUAUUCAAAGACGAAAGUGUUGGAGUAGUGAAGAUGGCAGUGAACGUUUACUCAACGAACGUGACUUCUGAGAAUUUGUCACGACAUGAUAUGUUGGCGUGGGUGAACGACUGCCUGCAGUCGAACUUCGCCAAGAUUGAGGAACUUUGCACAGGCGCUGCUUACUGUCAGUUCAUGGACAUGUUGUUCCCGAACAGUGUGCCCAUGAAAAGAAUUAAGUUCAAAACAAAUCUAGAACAUGAAUACAUACAAAACUUCAAAAUACUACAAGCUGGUUUCAAAAAAAUGGGUGUUGAUAAGAUAGUACCCAUUGACAGACUGGUGAAGGGUCGUUUCCAAGACAAUUUUGAAUUUUUGCAAUGGUUCAAGAAAUUCUUUGAUGCCAACUAUGGAGGCACGGAAUAUGACGCGGUGGCGCAACGCGAGGGUCUGCCUAUGGGCCACGGGGGCGCCUCAGCCCCCAGGGCCGCGGCAGCAGUUGCCAAGAAACCGACGGCGCCUGUCGCUAAAGUCGCAGCUAGACCCCAAUCCAUUGGCAAAGCAAACAGCACAGUAAGAUCUCCACCAGUUAAUUUAGCCAGAAUAAAUCAAAGUGCUAAGGGAGAUUCUAAAGUUAUUGACGAAUUAAAUCAUCAGAUAAAUGAAUUGAAAGCAACAGUUGACGGCCUCGAGAAAGAGAGGGACUUCUAUUUCGGUAAGCUCCGGGAUAUAGAGGUGAUCUGUCAAGAAAUGGAAGAACAGCAGAAUGCUCCAAUUGUUCAGAAGAUUUUGGAUAUCUUAUAUGCAACUGAGGACGGAUUCGCGCCUCCAGAGGAAAUAGACGGCGACAACCCACACCCGCCGGAGGAAGACGAAUAUUGAAUAUCAAUGUAUUUACGCGUAUCAUAGUGCUCUUUGUAUAUUACAUAUAUCAAAUCGAAAUUAUCUCGCUUUACAAUCAUCGACAGUAUCGAGUGCUUAGUAUUUCACAGCCAAUGAGUCGUAUAUUGAAUCAUGUAGGUUAAAUGUUUGGAAACAGUGGCCCUAAAAUGGCUUAAUGUAGCUAAUGUUUACAAAUACCUGCACAUUAGAUGUAAAAUGUAUAAUAAUAAAAUUUUGCAGUUACAAGGCUUGUACACAUUUAUUACAACUAGUUGUUGUAAACAUAAACAUGCAAUUUUACAUUGUAGGUUAUUGUUUCUGAAGAUUAGUUAAAUAAUGCUUAGCUGUUCUUUGUGUGUAUUGUCCUUUUGACUAUUUUUAAAAGUGUUUGAUGUGGAUUCGCGUCUUUUCCUGUUUCAGAUCUACAUCUGGCAAUGGAGAACCCAUUGGACGAUGUAGUUGUGAAACAGGAAAAAACGCUAAUGAUCAAAAUUGUCAUAUGCACACUCUGUAAUUAUUAUUUUAUACAAAUUCACGUGGCUGUGUCAUAACUAAGUGCAUUCCUUCUCAUGGGAGCGUAGUUUCUUGACAGAUAUUCAUUCUUUGCUCUCCAUAUCCUGCUAAAUGAGUAAUUAUAAAGCUACACAUAGAUGCGAUGAAGUUUGACUGUGGAAUUUACGAACGCUGUCUUCAUUUUGGGCCACUGGUGCCUAUAUAAAUGUGCAUUUAAUAGGUUGUUAAAUUAUUGGAAGAGAUUUACUGUUAAUUGUUUAAUUCUGUUAUAAUGAUGACGCAGUUGAAUAAAAUUAUGAUAUUCGGUUCUAAAUUUUACCAUUUUUAAACCGUUAUAAUAACAUGAAUAAUAAUUAGAUCUGAAAAUUACUAACAAAAUUUAACUUGUGAUUACCAUUAUGUGGUUAAAAUGGGUAAUCGCAAAUUGGUUCCAGGUAGUGUGAUAUUUACAUGACCAUUAUUUAGGUUAAUCAAAAUACAAGACUUAAACUUUGAAUUUUGCACUAUUAUAACUAACUUUAAGAGGUGUACUAAUACAUUAUAAUUCAACAUAUUUUUAUUUAGUAGAUUAUUACAUUCUUUAGACGCGUCGAAGAAACUAACGACUUGUUGGCGUAAAAAGAUGUUAUUCGCUGGUUAAGAUAAAUAGAUAAUUAAUUUAUUUACUUUAGCAUUCAUAAAUUGCCUUAACAGCAGAUUAUUAAUUGCCUCUGGUUUUCAGAUUGUGAAUGUCUUAUCGAAUAAAAUAAUAACUUUAUUAAAA